AUGACGUCGUCGCCGUUCCCCCCUUCAGCGUCCCUCCCCGGUGAUGGCCGCAUCGUCGUGAGACUCCUCCCCGCCGGCGGCAGCGGCCUCGAGACCAUCAGCUACCAGUACCCUCUGAAGCUCAUCUCGCCUUCGCCCACAGUCGCCCAGAAAAGCGCCCUCGUCUUUCUCCUCUCCUACGGAGGCGGCCUGGUUGGUGGCGAUGGCGUCAACCUGUCCGUCCACAUGCGCCGCGGGUCGAGCCUCAGCCUGGUCACUCAGGGCCAUACCAAGAUCUUCAAGUCUGCAACGCCCGACAUCAUCACCAGCCAGAAGAUGCAGGUUCAGGUGGAUGAGGAGGCCGCAGUCUGCCUCCUGCCGGAUCCCGUCCAGCCAUUCGAGGACAGCGUGUACGAGCAGACUCAGAUCUUCACCCUGAGGCAGCGGGCAUCGCUGUGCCUCCUGGACUGGGUGACGCAAGGGAGGGCGGCGCGCGGGGAGGACUGGAGCUUCACGAGAUGGACGGGGCGCAACGAGGUCUGGACACAGGGGUCUGAUUUGGGGCAAAAGGGGAGGCUGCUCAUCCGGGACAAUGUCAUCUUGAGCCAAGAUGGAAGCAAGCCUGUUGGGCUGCCGUUAAAGGACACGAUGCACAAGAUGAGUGUCUUGGGGACUCUAAUACUUACAGGGCCCGUUAUGGAAUCUAUUGGGGACUUUUUCAUGGCCGAAUUCACCGCCCUUCCUCGGAUAGGAUCUCGCGACUUUCGGUCCAAGGAGGAUCAAGAGAAGGACGCCGAGGAGAAGCCAGAGUUUGAGCGGUGGCGAGCACGGAGAAUCGCAAUGGAGAAGCAGCACAACAUACUCUGGUCUGCCGCCCAGGUUCGGGGAUGCGUCAUUGUCAAGUUUGGGGCGGCAACGGUGGAGGCUGGACGGUCGUGGAUUGGGACAAUGUUGAGGAGAGAAGGGAGCAUCGCCAGCCAUUUUGGCGAUUCGGCGCUCAUGUGCGUUGAGCCCUGA